AUGUCAGAGGUAUCGAUUGACGCCAGUGCCUUCCACAGAAGGUUGUCGAUUCUUCAAACGAAAUUGGCCUCCGACGAAUUCCCCAAUAUUUCGUCGUUGCUCUUCCUUGUGGGCUCCAGAGACGAUGAGUCCACAUAUAAGAAAUCUACCAUCAUCCAACUCUGGCUUCUAGGGUACGAGUUUGCUCACACAGCAAUCUUUGUCACCCAGGAUAAAUGCGUGAUUCUUACGUCUGAGGGUAAAGCCAAGCAUUUGGGCCACUUGAAAACAAAACCAACGUCCAACUCGAGUGAAGUUGAAAUUUGGACUAGAACCAAAGAUGCUGCUCACAACAAGAAGUUAUUUGAAGACUUGGUGGCAAAUCUCAAAGCCACCAUCACGGACGACAAAAAAGUGGGCACUAUUAUCAAGGAUCAGUUUAGAGGUAAGUUCAUCGAUGAAUGGAAGGAAGCGCUGGAAGCCGAGAAGUUUGAAUUCGCCGAUGCUGCGUUGCUUGUGUCCAAGAGUGUUGAAGUGAAGGACUCGGAGGAACUUGCUGCAACCAAAUUGGCUUCUAAAGCCUCGGUUGUCAUGAUGGACUCCUUCACCAACGAUAUGAUGGUGGUGGUUGAUGAAGACGUGAAAACUACCAAUGUGGACAUCUCUGACAAGCUCGAUAGAAAGAUCGAUAAUACAAAGUGGUACACGAAGCUGACUUUGGGCAAGAGGUUGCUUUUGAAUGAUAAAGACUUUGACCCUGAGCAAAUUGAUUGGUGCUACUCGCCCAUUGUUCAGAGCGGUGGCGAAUACGACUUGAAGCCUAGCGCGUUGUCCACCGAGAAGAGAUUCGUUGGCGAUGGGGUAAUCAUCGCAUCGGUCGGUUUGAGAUACAAGAACUACUGUUCCAACAUUGGCAGAACCUACUUGAUCGAUCCCACACCAGAGAUAUCUGCAAACUAUGAACUAUUAUUGGAAUUGCAGGAUCACAUUAUCAACUCUUUGUUGAAAAGGGGCGUGAAAGCUAAGGAAGUUUUCGCCGGUGUCGUAACUUUCGUCGAGUCAAAGAACCCAAAGUUGGCCUCCCAUCUUACCAAGAAUGCUGGCUGGUUGACAGGUCUUGAAUUUCGUGACUCCACUUUGGUGUUGAACGCCAAGAACGAAAGAGAGUUGGUGGACGGCCAAGUAUUCUCUUUGACCGUUGGAUUUGCUAACUUGGUGAAUGAAAAGGCUACCAAUCCUAAAAUGAAAAACUAUUCCUUACUUCUCACUGACACAGUCCGAGUGGGAGAUGGUCAGUCGUUUGUCUUGACCAACUACCAGAAGGCUAGCAAGGAAAUCACCUUCAAUUUGAAAGAAGAUCAAGAAAACGAGCCUCCAAUCAAAAAAGAAAAUGGAAGCAACAAGAUCAAAUCCGAGAAGGACCGCUCUAUAGAAACAAAGCUUGCAGCCAACGCCAAUCAGUCAAGAAUUCUCAAGAAUAAAUUGCGCCACGAAUCUGCUGCUGCUGAUGAUAACAACGCCGAGAAGCUUCGUCAAGAAGCACAAAGAAAGUUGCACGAAAAGAGACAACAAGAGGGUCUCGCGAGAUUCUCUCAAGCUGAUGCCAAUGAAGAUGCAGAAUUGAAACCAGUUUUCAAGAAAUAUGAAUCAUAUGUGAGAGAGUCCCAAAUACCAAACAGUGUGAGAGAUUUGAAGAUCCAUAUAGAUUACAAGAACCACACUAUUAUUCUUCCCAUCAGCGGCAGACCCGUUCCAUUUCAUAUCAAUGCUUUUAAGAACGGAUCUCAAAAUGAGGAAGCUGAUUACACGUACUUGAGAUUAAAUUUCAACUCACCAGGUGCGGGUGGUAAUAUCGGCAAACGUACCGAGUUGCCAUAUGAGGACGCUCCUGAAAACCAAUUUGUUCGCUCUAUCACUUUUAGAUCACGCGAUCGUCAAAGAAUCAUUGAUGUUUUCAAAGCCAUCCAAGAUUUGAAAAAAGACAGCGUAAAGAGAGAAGCUGAGAAGAAACAGCUCGCUGAUGUCGUCACCCAGGGUAAUUUGAUUGAACUCAAAGGGUCUAGAAUGAAGAAAUUGGAGCAAGUUUUUGUAAGACCUACUCCUGAUACAAAAAAGAUUGGUGGUGUUUUACAAAUCCAUGAAAAUGGUUUGAGAUAUCAGUCUUCUUUCAGAGCUGACCAGAAGAUUGAUAUUUUGUUUUCAAACAUUAAGCACUUAUUCUUCCAGCCAUGUAAAGACGAAUUGAUUGUCAUCAUCCAUUGCCAUUUGAAAAGUCCAAUUAUGGUUGGAAAGAGGAAAACGUUUGAUGUCCAAUUCUAUCGUGAGGCGAGUGAUAUGGCUUUCGACGAGACUGGUGGCCGUAAAAGAAAAUACAGAUAUGGAGAUGAAGAUGAGUUGCAGCAAGAGCAAGAGGAGAGAAAGAGGAAAGCUCUUUUGGAUAAAGAAUUCAAGAACUUUGCAGAGAUGAUAAGUGAUGCAUCCAACGGCAUGCUUGACUUGGACAUUCCAUUUAGAGAACUAGGAUUCAGCGGUGUGCCAUUCAGAUCAUCCGUCUUCUGUAUGCCAACGAGAGAUUGUUUGGUUUCGUUGAUCGAUCCUCCAUAUCUCGUUGUUACGUUGGAAGAGAUUGAAAUUGCUCACUUGGAACGUGUUCAGUUCGGUUUGAAGAAUUUUGACUUGGUGUUUGUUUUCAAGGACUUCAGCAAACCUGUGGUCCAUAUCAACACUAUCCCGAUGGAGGUGUUGGAAGAUGUUAAGCACUGGUUAACCGAUGUGGAUAUUCCAUACAGCGAAGGUCAGAUGAACUUGAAUUGGGGUGCCAUCAUGAAGCAAGUGUUGUCCGAUCCAUACAGUUUCUUUUCCGACGGAGGCUGGCGUAUAUUAACAGGAGACGGCGAGAGUGAGGAAGAGGAUUCUGAGGAAGAGGAGUCUGAGUUUGAGGCCAGUGACGAAGACCCCUCAGAUGAGGAAGUUGAUAGCGAGGAAGAGAGUGAGGAUGCCUACUCGUCUGAUGGUUCAGGCAGUGGUAGUGGAGAAGAUGAGGAGAGUGAAGGAGAAGACUGGGACGAGUUGGAAAGAAAAGCUGCCAGAGAUGAUAACAGACGCGGCAGGAACUAA